GCUCCAUGGAAUAUACCGGCGUGAAUAUCUGUAUCGUCAGUAUUGCGCAAUAAACUUAGAUCGCAUGAAAAAAACUCUUGUUAGCCUGCGAAAUCUGAAAUUUUCUCUGUCCCGACAAUUCUGGUUUACAUAUUAUCAAUUUAGAAUAUGGUUAGUGAUGAGCAGCAUUCAUUGUUGUGAACUUAAUUAUGUGGCAGUAAACAUAACCUGCUGAACGGUAUUUGGCGAUCGCUGACCAGUAUGGAGAAUGCCGAGUUUAAUUUAAAGUGCUUGAAAACCAUAGAUACCAAGCAAGGCGCUGUAAGGGCAGUAAGAUUUAAUGUUGAUGGUUCGUACUGCUUAACAUGUGGUGCAGACAAGAAGCUGAAACUGUGGAAUCCACAUAAAGCACUUCUGCUAAAGACAUACAGUGGACAUGCAGAUGAAGUGUUGGAUGCAUGCAGUUCAUGUGACAACAGUCAGAUUGUGUCAUGUGGGCAAGACAAGUCAGUGAUACUGUGGGAUGUAAGCUCAGGCACACCACUGCGCAGACUACGUGGACAUGCUGCCCGAGUCACCUGUGUGCGGUAUAAUGAGGAAUCUACAGUAGCUGUGUCAGGCUCGCAGGAUAACUCAAUCAUGUGCUGGGAUGUGCGUAGCCGGAACAUGAAACCCAUCCAGGUGAUGCGAGAAGCAAAGGAUGGUAUCACUUCUCUUGCGGUAACUGAUCAUGAGAUUGUGACAGGAUCAGUAGAUUGCAAGGUGCGCCGUUAUGACAUCAGAGCAAAUAGACUGUUCUCCGACUUCAUAGGAGAUGCAGUGACAUAUGUGAGUUUGACACAUGAUGGACAGUGCCUGGUUGUAAGCAGUGCUGACAACAUGGUGCGCCUGCUGGAUAAAGAAAGUGGAGACUUACUGGCAGAGUAUUCUGGUCACCAUAUGGGUGAUUACUGCAUGGAGAGCUGCGUGGACAACAGAGAUCGCCAUGUUUUAUCUGGCUGCAUAGAUGGAGACAUCUGGUGCUGGGACCUGGUACAGGGGACAGUAACCAGCAGACUCACACAUGAUAGGGGGAGUGUAGUGCACUCACUGAGCUUCCACCCCUCACAACUGUUUCUGUUGUCUGCAUCUCAUGGCAGCAUUAAGUUGUGGGGCGUGCCAGAGGAUGAACUUUAAGUUAGAUAUCUCUGUACACCAAUUCCACAGUACAAAAUGAGAUGUUUGUGUUUUACUCAGGAAAUUAAGACUUUAUUUACCUUGCAGCCCAACCAAGAUAUUUUCAGGUGUGGGAUUGCUGGGAGAUAAUAUGACCUGAUUCAUUCACUUUCACCUAAAAUUCAUACUAAUUAAUAAUGAAUUGACUUACCAGCACCUUCUUGCCUUGUUUGUCAAAUAUUUUUUUGCAUUUAUCAGGAGGAGUCCAAACAUCUCAAAUCUAUGUGUCAUUUCCAAAGGUUGUGAUUUUGUAACAAUACAGUGUAUUAUUAUAUGAGGGGGUACCCAAAAGAAACCGAACUUCUUUUUUUUAACUUAUUUAUUCAAAU